CAGAAUUCAGACUGGAAACUCCUCCAGAGCACCAGAGACAGAUCCCUUGGCGUGCUGGGCACACAGAGCCUGCCCCAGCAUCCCCGCCAUGGUCCCCCAUUCCACUGGUCCUUGGGAUAAUGUUGCUGUGCCUGCUUUUCCUGAUCACUGCCAGGAUCUAUGGUGCCCAGAUGUGUCAGCCAGGCAGAAAGCAGGAAAACCCCGUGAUGGUAGGGGAGCACCACAUCUCUAAGCCAAUGUCCUACCAAAAACCCAGCCUGCCGGGAACAUUGAGAAAGCAGCCCCAGGACUCUGGGGAGAAGUGUCCAGUGCUCUGGAUUGCCAAGCAGGACAGGUCCUACCUUUUUUCUCCUAAAAGAGGAACUUGGAAUCAAUGUAAUUCCUCCUGCACUUCUCAAUCUGCCGAGCUGCUCAAGACAGAGACUAAAGAAGAGUUGAUUUUCUUAACUGCAAGGUCUUAUGAAUAUGCUGAAGAUCGUGGAAGCAGCGUAUACUACUACCCAUUCUGGAUUGGAUUGAUGUUUGACUCCAGAAAGGCAAAGUGGGUCUGGGCGGAUGCUUCAGCUCUUUCCUCUGGCCUGUUUAUGCUCUCAGAUCCCAGUCCUCAGAAUUAUCCAGGUGGAGCUUGUUCAUAUUUGCAAGGUAAUAAAGUUAAAGCUGGAGGCUGUGGAGACACUCGAUUCUGCAUUUGUGAGAAGAAGAAGGAAGCACAAA